AUGUGGUCAGGCAUCGAUGAGUACGUCACACGGUGUGACCCCGGAGGAAAUCCAGAAUCAGCGAUGAGAAAUCAGACCUCAGUGACCGAGUUCAUCCUCUUGGGGCUGACGGACAAUCCAGACUGGAAGAAUGUUAUCUUCUUAUUCCUGCUACUCAGUUACCUGUUGAGCAUCACGGGGAACCUGACUAUCCUCACCCCCAUCCUACUGGACUCCCAUCUCCACACCCCAAUAACCAUUUCCUAUAAUGCUUGUGUCAUUCAGUUUUUCUUCAUCAUCUUUCUGGGGGAGGCAGAAAUCGUCCUCCUGGAUGCCAUGUCCUAUUACAGCUAUGUCGCUAUCUGCCGGCCGCUACAUUACUUGACCAUCAUGUGCCGGAGAGUCUGCACCCUGCUGGUUCUCUGCUCCUGGCUGGUCAGCUUCCUGAUCAUCUUUACAGGUCUCAUCCUGGAUCUCCAGCUGAACUUCUGUGACUCGAAAGUCAUCAACCAUUCACCUGUGACACUGCCCAUGCUGGACCUCUCGUGCAUUGACACUCAAUUAUUUGAGCAGAUGAAUUUUAUAUUAGCAGUGGGGACACUCCUGCAACUGCACAUUCAUGCACAUCAGCCAUCCCCCAAGGAAGGUUUAGACUUCAACAAGAGGGUGCCGGUGCCAAAUAUCUCCUUGGCCCUAAUGCUGAACCCCUUUAUCUACACCCUAUGA